UCCAGCACAUCCUGCUCUCUCCAGGAGUGAAGUACUUCACCACAGUGACAGCCUGUAACACAGCGCAGACCUCUGCAGCAGCUCCUCAACCUCAGACGGUGUGAUCCUGGACAGCUCCACACCAGUUCCUGGAACAGUGCAGGAUGGCACAGGCGACAUGGACAUACAGUUCCAGGCAACGAGGACAUUUAUGGGAUGCAAAUGGCGAGGCUUCCACGAUCCUGAAUCUGGUUUAGACCACUAUGGAUGGCGUGUAGGAACAACACCAGGAGGUGAUGAGAUUCUGGCAGCCAGGAAUGCAGCCCUGGAAGAGGGCAUCUUCCACAUCUUCCCACGUGACCAACAGCUGCCAGUUGGGCACAUGAUCUACAGUACUAUCCGAGCGUUCAACAAAGGAGGAUUGCAUUUGGAAGCAACGUCCAAUGGAGUUAUGAUAGACAACAGCGCACCUGUUGUUGUGACCUCACCGACGGCGAUGCUCGGUAUUUCUUCCGUUGUUGCCAACACUACAGUCAGUCGGACAGGUCUGAGUUUACACUGGAAGUUCCAAGACGUUGAGUCCUCCAUAGAACGCCUGUACCUCUCCUUAUCAUCUCACCUGUUUGGAGAGAUAGAUAGUUCUAAUCUUAAGAUUCCAGGUUUUAUUCGAGAAUACACAUACAUAAAUGUGGACUUGCAUGAUGGAAGUAAAUACAAGGUGAAGGUCACAGCUUGCAACAUGACGGGCCUCUGUACAUCAGCAGCUACUUGGGACAUUUUGGUUGACAGCUCUAAACCCAAAACAGGAUCCUUCGCCAUAGAAACGGACCACGCAGUGAAACUUCAACGACAUCAAACUGGAUGGAUGACUUGGAACAGUACAAAUCUAAACCUAGCGUGGCUUGGAUUCUCUGACCUACAUUAAGG